GGACGAGGUUCAAAUUAGAAAGGACCCAUCAAGCUCCGGCCCAACUGUGUGCGUGAACGUCCGACCGAGCUAGCUAGAGAUUUGGAGAGAGAAAGCGCGCGCGGGUGAGAGAGAGAGAGAGAGAGAGAGGUUCAGGUCUGGUUAGGGUUUUGGAAAUCCCCAGAGAAAUUGGUCCCUCAAGGGAGCGAGUGUGUGAGAAUUGAGAGCGAGAGAGAGUGGUUAGAGCAACGAAAGCUUUGUCUUUUUUCAAUUUUAGGGUUUCUCUGCACCGGAUAAAUCCAUGGACCGCAAGCUUGUGGUUUUGGGCAUUCCAUGGGAUAUUGAUACAGACGGGUUGAGAGAGUAUAUGAGCAAAUUUGGGGAGUUGGAGGAUUGUAUUGUAAUGAAGGAGCGGUCAACUGGCAGAUCUCGUGGAUUUGGAUAUGUGACGUUUGCAUCAGCUGAGGAUGCCAAGAGCGUGUCAUCAAGUGAGCACUUUCUUGGUAAUAGAAUGCUGGAAGUUAAAGUGGCUACCCCAAAGGAAGAGAUGAGAACACCUGCAAGAAAAGUUACCAGGAUUUUUGUUGCAAGGAUCCCACAAUCUGUGACAGAAGCAAACUUUCGAGGUCAUUUUGGGAAAUAUGGAGAGAUAACAGAUUUAUACAUGCCGAAGGAUCAAGGCUCAAAAAUGCAUCGAGGAAUUGGGUUUAUUACCUUUGAAAAUGCAGACUCUGUGGAAAAUUUAAUGGCUGAUACUCAUGAAUUGGGGGGUUCCAAUGUAGUUGUUGAUCGAGCAACACCCAAGGAAGAUGACUUUAAACCAGUGGGCAGAAUGCCAGCACCACAGGGUGGAUAUGGUGCAUACAAUGCGUAUAUCUCUGCAGCCACUAGAUAUGCAGCCCUUGGGGCUCCGACUUUGUAUGAUAAUCCACCACAUCCAGGGCCCGUUUAUGGAAGAGGGGAAUCUGCUCGAGGAUUGAGCAAAAAGAUUUUUGUUGGAAGGCUGCCUCAGGAGGCAACUGCUGAAGAUCUCCGCCAGUAUUUUGGCAGAUUUGGCCGUAUAUUAGAUGUCUAUGUUCCCAGGGAUCCCAAAAGAACUGGCCAUAGAGGAUUUGGUUUUGUAACAUUCGGGGAAGACGGUGUAGCAGAUCGUGUAUCACGAAGAUCUCAUGAGAUCUGUGGACAGCAGGUUGCAAUAGAUACAGCCACACCUCUUGAUGAAGCUGGUACAAGUGGGAACUUUAUGAUGAACAAUGUAGAACCAUAUGGUGGAUAUGGUGGUCCUAUGCGCCCUUAUGGCAGGAUGUAUGGAAGUCUGGAUUUUGAUGACUGGGGUUAUGGAAUGGGCGGUGGGCGACCAUCAAGAGCAGAUUGGAGGUACAGACCAUACUAGAGAUGUCUCUGGAUUUGCGUUAUAUCUUUUAUAAUGUCCAAAAAAGCCAUGCAGGUUUUGUUGAUUGAUUUGUACAAGAUUAAUAAUAUUUUCUGCAUUUUCUGAACUUCUUCAAUUUAAACAGUUUAGCCAGUACAAACAUAGGUAGAUGGGUAGGAAUGUUCAGAUGUGUAAUAUCAGCCCCUACUGGCAAGUACUGGUUCAGUACCAUGGUUCUUUUAUGUAGAAAUCAUUUAAAUCAAACUAUGUUUCUAAGUCAUAAGAGUUGUUAUUCA